GACCUUGGCUUAAAUAUGGAAUAUUUUGGCUACUGCAAUAAAUCACUUCCAUUUGAGGUUAGAGCCAAAGAUUUGGUAGAUAGAUUGAGUUUGACUGAGAAGGUGGGGCAACUUGGAGACCAGGCCAAUGGGGUGCCAAGGGUUGGUCUACCAAAAUACUAUUGGUGGUCCGAGGCAUUACAUGGUGUAUCAGACUUCGGUGAUACGGCAACCUUUUUCAAUGCUACCAUCCCUGGUGCAACAAGUUUUCCCACACCUAUUUCCAUGGUUUCAUCCUUCAACGUCACUCUUUGGAAAACAAUUGGCCAGGUUGUUUCUACCGAAGCAAGAGCAAUGAAUAACUUAGGUCAAGCUGGACUAACAUAUUGGAGUCCAAAUAUGAAUGUUGUGAGAGAUCCUCGAUGGGGAAGAGCCCUGGAGACACCCGGAGAAGAUCCAUUUGUAGUCGGAACAUACGCUUCUACAUACGUGAGAGGGUUGCAAGAUGUUGAGGGGACUGAAAACACCACAGAUUUGAACUCUAGACCCCUCAAGGUUGCAGCAUGUUGUAAACAUUAUGCAGCAUAUGAUGUUGAUAACUGGUUUGGAAUUAAGCGCGAAGGCAUUGAUGUAUCAGUGAGGGAGCAAGACAUGCUGGAAACAUUUGUGAAGCCAUUUGAGAUGUGCAUCAAUGACGGUGAUGUUUCUAGUGUUAUGUGCUCUUAUAAUCGCAUCAACGGCAUCCCUGCAUGUGCAGAUCGGAGACUUCUCCUUGACACCAUAAGAAAGGAGUGGAAUCUUCACGGGUACAUCGUUUCUGAUUGUGAUUCUAUUGAGGUAAUGUACAAGAAUCACAAAUGGCUCAAUGAUACUCCUGAGGCGGCUGUUGCUCAGGCUUUGAAAGCAGGUUUGGAUUUGGACUGUGGAGCGUACUAUACAAAAUAUGGAGGCAAUGCAGUAGUGCAAGGGAAAGUUAGGGAAGCAGAUGUUGAUAAAGCUUUAAAGAACCUCUACGUUGUCCUUAUGAGAGUUGGCUUCUUUGAUGGUAGUCCACAAUUUGAAAGCCUUGGCAAGGCUGACAUUUGUUCCGAAGGCCACCGUAAUUUAGCCAUUGAGGCUGCUAGGCAAGGAAUGGUUCUACUUAAAAAUGACGAUGCAGUUCUGCCAUUGAAUGGACAAGACAUUAAAAGCAUUGCAUUGGUUGGGCCACAUGCUAAUGUUACUACAACUAUGAUCGGCAAUUAUCAUGGUAUUCCAUGUGGAUAUACCAGUCCACUGGAUGCGUUUAAACAAAGUAUUGCGAAUGUGUUAUAUGCAAUCGACUGCGCUGAUGUUUCAUGCAACAAUGGCAGCUCAUUUUCUCCAGCAAUACAAGCAGCUAAAGACGCGGAUGCUACUGUCAUCGUUGCAGGACUGGAUUUAACAGUUGAGGCAGAGCAACUGGACAGAGAAGAUCUUCUCCUACCUGGUAAUCAAACUCAAUUUAUAAAUCAAGUUGCAUCGGCAUCCAAAGGUCCGGUCGUCCUCGUGAUCAUAUCAGCGGGUGGUGUUGAUAUUUCCUUUGCCAAAGCGAAUCCAAACAUCAAAGCAAUUCUUUGGACUGGUUAUCCUGGAGAGCAAGGUGGCCAUGGCAUUGCAGAUGUCAUCUUUGGAAAAUAUAACCCCGGUGGAAGGCUGCCCCUAACAUGGUAUGAGAAGGAUUAUGUGGAUUUGAUACCGAUGACAUCAUUACAAUUGAGGCCCCUCGCCAGUUUAAACUAUCCUGGCAGAACUUACAAGUUUUUCAAUGGCUCUACUGUGUAUCCAUUUGGAUAUGGAUUAAGUUAUACAACGUUUGGGCUCAGCUUGACAGCUCCAAACAUAGCAUUCGAUAUCCCCCUGAAUAAGUUUCAGAAAUGUCGUGAUCUCAAUUACACAGAGGGUGCUUCCAAGCCCUCGUGCCCUGGAGUUUUGAUUGACGAUCUUGGUCACCAGUGCGACAGUUUGACUGUUGGUUUCGAUGUCGAGGUAGCAAAUGUUGGGGAAAAGGACGGUAGUGAGGUUGUAUUCGUUUACUGGGCUCCGCCAAGAAGCAUUGUUGAUGCUCCUAUCAAACAAAUCAUCGCAUUUAGCAAAGUUUUUGUUGCAGCUGGGGAGAGCACUAGUACUCACUUCGAUUUCAAUGUUUGCAAGAGCUUGGAGCUGGUCGACUACAAAGGUUAUAAGCUUUUGGCAUCUGGAGUACACAAAAUCAUUGUGGGUAAUAACGAUGGAUCAUUCCAAGUCCCUAUCAACUUCCAAACAUGA